AUGUCUCAAUCCGAAUUCAAAGUCAUCAUCGUCGGCGGCGGACCAGUCGGGCUCGUUGCCGCCCAUGCACUCCACCACGCCGGCAUCGACUUCACCGUCCUCGAGCAGCAUGAGGGCGUCUUCGAAGACGUCGGAGCCAGCGUCGUCAUCUUCCCGCACAACCUGCGUGUCCUCUACCAGCUUGGACUGAAGGAGCGCCUCGAUCAGAUCAGCGUGCCCAUGGUCCGCCAAUUCGCUGCCAAGUCCCGCUACCAGACGGGCAGGAAGCUGUCGGAUAUCGAGGUGACCGACGCGGGCGUCAGGGUCACCUGCGCCGACGGAAGCGCGCACUCUGGAUCCCUGGUCAUCGGCGCCGACGGCACCUACUCCAACGUCCGAUCCAUCAUCAGGCGCAACGCCCUCGAGUCGGACCCCAAGCUCGAAGCCAGCUGGGAUGCCGAGCAUCCGUGGCUGGCAACGUACAGGUGCCUGUGGGCCUCGUUCCGUCGACCCCCCGGCCCCGACCCGGGGGCCAACUACGAGACGCACGCGAAGGACCGCAGCGCCGUGUACCUGACGGGCAAGGACAGGGCCUGGAUCUUCCUGUACGAGAAGCUCGACAAGCCCACCAGGGAGCGGGUCACGUACGACGAGCACGACGCCGCCGCCUUCGCUCGGAGCUUCGCCGACUGGCCGCUCGCCGAGGGGCUCAAGGUCGACGACGUGCUGGCCGACACCUCCUUCGUGUCCGGCAUGGGAAACCUGGACGAGGGAGUGGCGAGCAGCCUGGGCGAACUCAAUCCUGGCGUCGCCGACCGCAUCGGCCGCCUGGUCCUCGUCGGAGACUCGUGGCACAAGUUCACCCCCAACGCCGGCCUGGGCUUGAACAAUGGGAUCCAGGACGUCGUCACGCUGUCCAAUAAGCUGCGGUCGCUGCUGUUUGAGGAGAACCCCAGGGCCCUGCCGGACACGGAGACGCUCUAUGCCGUCGCCCAUGGCUACUACAGCGACAGGAGUGAGCUCUUGCAGGCCGACUAUAAGCGGGCUGCGCAGGCGACGCGGCUCGCCGCGCGGGAGACGACCCUGCAUCAUAUACUCGAGAGUUACGUCUUCUCCAUCGACUGGCUGCUGGGGUUACUCGUCAACAAGACUGUUGCGCCUUUGGUCAAGGCCGGCCGCGUCUUGUCCUACAUUGACGCUGCAGAGUACUUUUCAGGCUUGAUUCCUUGGGAUCACCGUCUUUCGUAG